GUGAAAUAUAUAAUGUAAAUAAAAAAAUAAGAAUAAUCAUAACAAAUCCGCCAUAUUGUGAAUUUCUUCCUCAAUCGGUGUGAAAUGCGCGUGUGUAUACGAAUUGUGCAUUCAUAGUAGAAAAUUUCAAGUUUAAUGUGUUUUAAGUUAAAAAUAUGUUUCUUGACACUGAAUAAUAUUUGAAAAUCAAGAAAAUGCCUCCUAAACAAAGAAAAAUAGCCAUUAUGGGCUAUCGAUCAGUUGGAAAGUCGUCUCUUACUAUACAGUAUGUAGAAGCUCGCUUUGUCGAUUCCUAUGAGCCAACCAUUGAAAAUACAUUUACAAAAACUACUAAAGUAGGAGGCCAGGAAUAUUUUUUGAAAUUGGUGGACACAGCUGGGCAGGAUGAAUUUUAUUUUCCGCAAUCAUAUUCAAUGGAUAUCCAUGGCUAUGUUCUUGUUUUCAUUACUUCAGCAAGAAGUUUUGAGAUAGUGAAAACUAUUUAUCAUAGAUUAUUAGAUAUGACUGGUAAAGUACAUGUUCCCAUUGUGCUAGUAGGAAACAAAUUAGAUUUGCAUAUGGAAAGGGUUGUUCCUUUUGAAGAAGGGAAAAGAGCUGCAGCAAGCAUGCGAGCAGAAUUUCUAGAAGCAUCAGCAAAGCAGAAUGAAAGUGUAAGUGAUAUUUUUAAGACAAUCAUCUUAGAAAUUGAGAAAGCUAAUGGAAAUGUUCAGGAAAAGUCUAAUUGUUCAAUAUCAUGAUGAUUUUGUUUCAUAAAUUGAUGUCUGCCCUGCUGUUCAAUGAUUGUUGUGUAAAUAUGAUGAAAAAUAUGCAUUAAGGACUAUGUUCUCACAAAAUCAGCUUAUUUGUUACUAUCAAACAUGUAAGCUUAUUAGUUUUGACAAUAAGUCAUUUAUUUUGUUCUUUUUAUGUAUAUUGUAAAUAGAGAAAAUAAUAUCUUUAUUGUUUCAGUCAGUUGCUGGUAAUUGAUGUUUUUUAACCCUCCGAGCAUUACGAGUUUAGCCCUGAAAUUUCAAAGUUCCUCAAAAUGUCAUGGUAAUUUCGUGAUUUUUAUUAAAAACUGACUCUCUCAUUUUGUACCUUGAUUACUUUUUUUCCAAUAUACAUCCAAACCGAAAUCAGAUACACUAAAAGCUAGGAGAAAUUUUCAUGUUUAAUGAAUGUAGAAGUCAGCCUUCUAUAUGGAAUUUUCCAGCUGUAACGCUCAGAGGGUUAAAUCUGUUAUCUUCAUCUGUUUCCAAAUUUUAGAACAUUUUGUUUUGACUGUUUAUAAUUUUGAAGACACAUGUAUGAAAUUUAAUGAGAAGCACUAUUAUAAUAUAUAAGAGUUAUAUUAUUAGUUUACUAUUAUAUUAUUAGUUUACUAUUAUAUAUAUAAGAGUUUAUAUAUGUUCAUUUUCUGUAAUAAUAAUUUUAAUUAAAUUAUGUGUGCAUAUGUAUAUAUGUGGUUCCUUUAAAAUUCUUGUUUUUGGAAUUUCCUUUUUCUUUUCAAUUAAGAACUUUAAUGAAGUUAUACUAAUGUAGCACAUUUUUCUUAUUUAAGUUUGAUAAUACUGUUGUUAAAUUUCAGUCAACUAAAAAUUUUUAUAUAUAAAAUUUGAAUAAAAUUCUAUUUUGAAAUAUAAAGUAAUUUUUUGCAUAAUUUUUUAAACUAGUAUUUUCUCAAUUUCAGAUACUUAAUAUAUAAUUUAGAUUUUGAUUAUCAUAAACUUUAUAUAAUAAUAUACAAUUUUAUAUCAACCUUAAACCUUCAAUAAAUAUUCCGAGUUUUUAUAUUUUUUAUGUAAUUCAUUUUAUUACUAUUAACCAUUUUUACAGUUUUUACUGUUUAGAAGCUGAAUUCACUGUCAUAUUGAUAUAAUAAAAAAUGUGUUAUUUGUAAAAACCAGUAUAGUUUAUAUCUUUUCAGCAGAUAAAAAGCAUUUUCCACAUGGGAAGAUUAUAAAUAAAUGUAAUAUUACAUAUUUCUUAAGCAUGACAUUUUUUUUAAGGUUUACAGAUAUAUUAAAUAAAAUGUAUAAUUUACAUAAGAAAUCUUAAUAUGGAGUUAUUAGUUGAUUAGUAAAUUUUGGAUUGUAUGUUGCAGUGCAAACUUUCUCUUCAGCUUUUUGUAAUAUGUUAAUUACUAUUAUUAAUAUUGUAAUGUACUUUUGUGCCAUAUGUUCAUUGAAUUAUUGUAUUUGAAUGUUGCAUCUUUGUAAGAAAUUAUUCUUCCAAGUAGAAUUGUAUUGGAUUGUGAUGUCAGAGUAUAAGAAGCUAAGGAAAAAUUCUCAAAAGUUUUGAAAUCGGUUAAAAUUUUAUUCUGUUCAUGUAUGUAAGUGUAUUAUUGAGUUGAUCAUAAAAUUUCUGAAAAAUACUCUAAUAUUUGAAUUAAAAUACUUUAUUGUUUGUUAUAUUAAACCAUUUGAUGUAUAAAAAUAUGUAUUGAUAUUAGUGUAAAAUCUUUAAACAUAUUUAAGAUCUGAAUAGAAAGUUGUAAAUUUUUUUAAUUUAGAAAGUUGAAACAGUUAAAUAAUUUUUCAAGUUCUUUGCUGUUAUUUUGUGUGUGUGUGUGUGCAUAGAUUUUUGCCAAUUUUGAAAGCACAUUUGAAUACAUUUCAUCAGAUUUUUAAGAAACAUUUUAAAUUAAUAUAAUUCAAGUAUCUGAUUAUCUUGUAAGUUUUCAAAAGAGUUUACUUUUUGAAUUUUUUUGAGCUGUUUGACUUUUAAAUUACUUGAUGAAUGUCUUUUGAAGAUUUUAAUUUAUGAGCUCAUUUUUCUGAUGUAUAUUUCAGCAAUUCUGCAAGUUCUGAUGUAACUUCCUUUAUUAAACUAUCAAAAAUUUCUUUGUGGUCAUACCUAUGAAGUGACAAGAGAAACCAUAUUUCUGUUUAGAUAUUCAUUUUGAAUAUUCCUUAUUUUAUGUGCUAUGAUUUAAAUUAGAAAAUCUGCAAGUAAAUGCAAUUUUUGCGUUUGCAGAAAACUGUAUAAAUGAAUCUAUCUCACAUCCUUAAAGUUAUGAGUUGUUAUUUAUAAAUGACUUUUUGUGAGGUUUUUCUUUGGAGAGGGGGUUGCUUUUGGAACAAGAACUGUGAUCUAAGAAUGCAGUUUCUAGCAAAGAAUUCCUUAUUUCAGAGUGCUAAAAAAAAUUAGAUUAAUAUCUUCUAUGAAAAACAUGCAUUUAUAUAAUUAUGAAAUGUUUUCUAAAUUUCUUAAAAAAAUUAAUCAAAGUAUGUAAUAUAAUUCUGUAUUAGAAGCAAUGAAAUUUAAGAACACUUCUUUCAUUUUUAACCUAUUCAUAUCUGUAAUUUCUUAAAGUUCUGUUCAUUGUAGAUAAUUUUUUGAAAUGCAUUUUAUUUUUUUAUAGUUUUUAAAAAUUGAAAAUGUUUAGAUUUCUGUGUUUUGGUGUGAUGUUGAAAAGGGGUUUUAAUAUAUAUGCCUUAUCCUUUUCAUAUUUCUUGGAAUAAUUUAAGUGUUACACAUUUUCAGCAAGUGUUUUGUCUCAGUUUGGCUUGCUCCUAAUUUAGCCUAAUUAGGAGUUGCAUUAUAUGAUAUUGCUAAUUUUGGUUAAAUUCCUUUAUAUGAUCAAGUGAAGUAUAUGUAUAUUAUGUUGAUGACAUGGAGGAGUUAUUGGUCACAUUAAGAAAAAAAGUGUCAUUUCAUUUUUCAAACUAAUUAAUAAUGAAAAUGUAGUAUUAAAAUGUAAUAAAAAUUAAUUUAAUGAUUUUCUAAUGUUUAGAGCUUCUAUUUUUUCCUUUGUUGAAUCAGAAUAUUGCACAUACAUUAAUAUCUGUCCUAUGAAGUACAACGUACAGACGAAGGCAAAGGUAGCCCUAUCUUGAUUGUUUAAAGUGUUGUUAAUUGUUUGACUGUGUAUUUAUUUGUAAAAUAAAUAUGCUUAUGAGCACUUUGGUAUUGGCACUUUAAAUGCACAUAUUUAAAAAAUAUUUUGAAGAAGAAAAUAUAUUUAACUUUGACUUUUAACUUCAUGUAAAUGAUCCGUAUUAGUUUUCUGCUUUAUAACAGUUUUCUGUAUGAUGUAUGCACGUAUGUAUCCAUUUCUGUGUCUAUGUGCAGUUACAUUCAAAUCAUUAGGCUACUUGAUUUUGCUGUUCUCUGUACAAACGUGUAUAAAUAUGUAGAUAGGCAUAAGCAAAAGGCUAGUAUAUAAAUAAAAGUACAUGUCUUUCCUUUCUUAUCACUUCUCAGUGUUUUAAGAUUUUACUUUUUCAAAGAAUAUAAAUAAUGAAUGCUUUGGAAAGGGCAAAAUCCAUUUUAAUUCUCUUGAUCCACCUACAGCUUUAAUUGGUAGGUAAUAGAAUGUAAAAAAAUAACUGUAUUACAAGAGGUAUUUCCACAAAAUUUUAGAGGAUUAUAUAUUCAGACAAGUAAUGAAAAAAUGCAUUAUCCACUUCAAAGAAUUGUGACCUCUAAUUUUGUUUCAUUUAUGUCUGUUUUUUUAAAUAUGAUAAAGAAUUUAUAUUUUGGAAUUAUUUAGGGUAAAAUCUUUAUUUUAUAUAUGAUUUUAUUUUUCUGGGUGGUUGUGCAGUUCAGUAUAAGGGAACAUUGAUAAUUGUGCCAUUGCACACGAAUAUGCAAAAGUAUUGCAUGUGUUGUUACUGUGUACAAUAUCUGUAAAAUAUCCUGAGGUCUGUGACCAUAUGAGUUCAAUAAAUAAAAGCAUAUUUUUUCUUCCAA